UGCUAAUAACAGAGACUGAACAUUCAUGUAACCCAUGACACCAGAAGAGACGUGUGUCUGUCUCGCUGGAGGGGAAGUGAAAGUCUGAUGAAAGGGGUCGUCUGCCACUGGGACCUCAGCGCUGGUGUGUGGUCAGACUGACGCUGUCGUUUUCACAGUCAGACGCGAGAAGAGGAAGGUGGGCUGGAGAGGGGGCAGGGGUCUGAACAAAUACUUUCUGAUCUCCAUCAACACUUACACUGGGAACUAAACAGAAGAAGAGACUGUCUCGCUCCCUGCUCCCCUCCGUCCUGACCCACCAGCCCAGGUUUCACAAGAAUGCUUUGGCUAUUUCACCUUGCAGUUUUAAUUGUGUGUUGCAGGGCACAGCCCUCUGUUCACACCCAGCCCAAGGUCAAUGUGAUGGAGGGAUCGGCAGCGCUGCUCCCCUGCACCUUCACACUGGGACCAGGAGACAGGCUGCAGAGCAUCAAUGUGGACUGGGAGAACCCAAACAGCACGGUGAUUUUCUAUCACUAUCAUCACAACUUCAGCGUGUCGACCCAGAAAAGCGUGGUCUUCGUGGGGAACAUCUCCCAAAACAACGCCUCCAUUCUCCUGCGGGACGUCCGGUUGAUGGAUGAGGGGAACUACUUGUGCCUGGUCCGAGUUGGAAUGAAUUGGAUAAAGAAUGGCACUGAGCUCAGAGUCAGAGCUCGUGGCAGGAUGCUGGAGGUCCCUCUCAGCCCCCCUCCUCCUCCUCUCAGCCCCGCUCCUCCUCCUCUCAGCCCCGCUCCUCUCUGGCCCGCGGUGGCAGGGGGGCUGGUUUUGGUGACGGUGUUGGCACUCAGCCUGUGGAGGCUACAGCGAGCCCGACAGCAGCACACGACUCACCGAGAGGACCAGCGGAGCGUUGCUGUGGAGACGUGUCAGGACCCCAAAUUGGAAUCCCCAGGAAGAGACAAGGACACUGACUGCUACGUUACCCUCCCACGGAACCACCUGCCCAAAGACCCCCCCCCUCUCUCCUGCAGCGCCACUGAAGGCAUCUACCUCACCAUGCACACAGUGCAGUGUGUGGACGGACCACGCUCUGAGAGAGGCAGGAAGGGGAUCCCUGAGGAGUGGUGCGCCCUGGAAACACAUCCCCGAGAACAUGAACCGCAGCCUCCCAGUUCCACAGACAAAGCUCCCCUAGCCCAGCCACCCUGGGAGGACGUGUAGGGAGACGCACUUUCACAACAAACCUACCACAGCUGUGUAAAACCAGCAAAGAAACGACAAGGUCUGCAGGAACGAAACGGAGUGCUCUGACUAGUUGCAUGUAAAGCACUGUGAACAUCUCGCUAUCCCUGUGUGUAUAUAUAUAUAUAUAUAUUUAAACAUAAAUAUACAGUUUAACUUGAUUCUUUUAUUUUCUGGCAAUGUUUUUUGAGAAACUUUAAAACAUACACACAAAGCCGAGAAUGCUGAGUGGCGUAUGCAGUAAUACUUUAUCCAGAAGCACCAAUCGCGAAAGCCCCCGCUUUUGAAUCUGCAACAUGCUGCAACUGUUUCUAAUUUUUUGUCCACCCCAGAUCCAGCCUCUCUAGUUACGACAGUGUUACUUUCUAACACUGACCACA